CGGGCAACGGCCGUCAGGGGCGGGUCGCGCCGUCGCAAAAGGCCCGCGCGGCGCGCCACUUCCGGCCGGCUUCCGCGGACGGCGCAGCGGGGCGAGCGGGAGGCGCCGUGGGGCGGACGGGACCGCAGCCAUGGAGAUGCCGCUGCCGCCCGACGACCAGGAGCUGCGGAACGUCAUCGACAAGCUGGCCCAGUUCGUGGCGCGCAACGGCCCCGAGUUCGAGAAGAUGACGAUGGAGAAGCAGAAGGACAACCCCAAGUUCUCCUUCCUGUUCGGGGGCGACUUCUACAGCUACUACAAGUGCAAGCUGGCGCUCGAGCAGCAGCAGCUGCUGUGCAAGCAGCAGCCGCCCGAGCCGGAGCCGGCCGCGCAGACCCCCGGGGCGCCGCCGCCGGGCGCGGAGGAGCUGAUCCAGCACAGCCAGUGGAGCCUGCAGCAGCGGGAGCAGCAGCUGACGGCCCUGCGCCAGGAGCAGGUGGCGGCCGCCGUGGCGCUGGCUCUCGAGCGGCAGCUGCAGAAGCUGCGGGACGACACGCAGCUGGACGUGGGCGAGUUCGACGCGCUGCUGCAGCCCAUCAUCGACACCUGCACCAAGGACGCCAUCUCGGCCGGCAAGAACUGGAUGUUCAGCAACGCCAAGUCGCCCCCGCACUGCGAGCUCAUGGCCGGACACCUGCGCUCCCGCAUCACGGCCGAGGGCGCCCACUUCGAGCUGCGGCUGCACCUCAUCUACCUCAUCAACGACGUGCUGCACCACUGCCAGCGGAAGCAGGCUCGCGAGCUGCUGGCGGCCCUGCAGAAGGUGGUGGUGCCCAUCUACUGCACCAGCUUCCUGGCCGUGGAGGAGGACAAGCAGCAGAAGAUCGCCCGGCUGCUGCAGCUCUGGGAGAAGAACGGCUACUUCGACGACUCCAUCAUCCAGCAGCUGCAGAGCCCGGCGCUCGGCCUCGGCCAGUACCAGGCCACCCUGAUCAGCGAGCACGCGGCCGUGGUGCAGCCCGUCCAGCUGGCCUUCCAGCAGCAGCUGCAGACGCUCAAGACGCAGCAUGAGGAUUUCGUCAACAGCCUGACGCAGCCGCCGCAGCCGCCCCCCCAGCUCCCGCUGCCCCCCCUGCAGGAGGCCGAGGCCAAGGCCCCCCCGCCCGCGCCCACCCCCGCGCCCGCCCCCGCGCCCGCCCCGGCCCUCCCGCCCACCACGCAGCCCGAGGACAGCAAGGCCCCCCUCCCGCUGGCCGGCGGCCCCGAGUACGAUGCCGCGGGCGGGGUGCAGGAGCCCCCCCGGCCCGGCCCCCACGAGCAGGCCCCGCCCAACAAGCCCCCCUGGUUCGACCAGCCGCACCCCGUGGCGCCCUGGGGGCAGCAGCAGCCCCCGGAGCAGCCCCCGUUCCCGCACCACCAGGGGGCCCCCCCCCACUGCCCGCCCUGGAGCGGCGGCCCCGAGGGCCUGUGGGCCGAGCAGCGCGGGGACCCCGGCUGGGGGGGGCAGCGGGAGCCCCCCUGGGGCGGGCAGCCGGAGCCGGGCUGGGGCGGCCAGUUCGAGGGCCCGUGGAGCGGCCAGCACGAGCAGCCGCCCUGGGGGGGCGGCCAGCGCGAGCCCCCCUUCCGCAUGCAGCGGCCGCCUCAUUUCCGGGGGCCCUUCCCGCCGCACCAGCAGCACCCGCAGUUCAGCCAGCCGCCGCACCCGCACGGCUUCAGCCGCUUCCCGCCACGCUUCCUGCAGGACGACUUCCCCCCGCGCCUGCCUUUCGAGCGCCCGCCCUACCCGCACCGUUUCGAGUACCCGCAGGGAGACUUCCCCGCAGACAUGGGGCCCCCCCACCACCACCCCGGCCACCGCAUGCCGCACCCCGGCAUGAACGAGCACCCGCCAUGGGGGGGCCCCCAGCACCCUGACUUCGGGCCUCCGCCCCACGGCUUCAACGGGCAGCCCCCCCACAUGCGGCGGCAGGGGCCCCCCCACAUCAACCACGACGACCCCAGCCUGGUCCCCAACGUGCCUUACUUCGACCUGCCCGCCGGGCUCAUGGCGCCCCUGGUCAAGCUGGAGGACCACGAGUACAAGCCGCUGGACCCCAAGGACAUCCGCCUGCCGCCUCCCAUGCCCCCCAGCGAGCGCCUGCUGGCCGCCGUGGAGGCUUUCUACAGCCCCCCCUCGCACGACCGGCCCCGGAACAGCGAGGGCUGGGAGCAGAACGGCCUGUACGAGUUCUUCCGCGCCAAGAUGCGCGCCCGGCGGCGCAAGGGCCAGGAGAAGCGCAACAGCGGGCCGUCCCGCUCCCGCAGUCGCUCCAAGAGCCGCGGCCGCUCGUCGUCUUGUUCCCGCUCGAGGUCCUCCAAGUCCUCCGGCUCCUACUCGCGCUCCCGCUCCCGCUCGCACUCGCGCUCCUACUCCCGUUCCCGCUCCAGGAGCCGCAGCCACAGCCGCUCGUCGCCCAGCCGCUCCCGCUCCCGCUCGCGCUCCAAGUCCUACUCGCCCGGCCGCCGCCACCGCUCGCGGAGCCCCACCCCGCCGCCCGGCUCCUCCGCCGCGGCCACCGCCGGCGCCGGCCUGGGCUCCAACUCUGCGCCCCCGAUCCCCGACUCGCGGCUCGGCGAGGAGAACAAGGGCCACCAGAUGCUGGUCAAGAUGGGCUGGAGCGGGCUGGGCGGGCUGGGCGCCAAGGAGCAGGGCAUCCAGGACCCCAUCAAGGGCGGCGACGUGCGCGGCAAGUGGGACCAGUACAAGGGCGUGGGCGUGGCGCUGGACGACCCCUACGAGAACUAUCGGCGCAACAAGAGCUAUUCCUUCAUCGCCCGCAUGAAGGCCCGCGACGAGUGCAAGUGACGGACGACGGACAGACGGACGGGGGGCAGGGGUCGGGGGACGCGCCCGCCUUUAUUGCAGCCUCAGGGCCCGGCUCCGGCUCCGAUUCCGGGGAGGCAGGCCGCCCCAGUGGGCCCGC